UCAGAAGGGUGGGGGUGGAAAAUGCCGCCGCAGAGUGCCUUGGCUUUACAAUAUCAUUUCGACGACGGCAUUUUUGGGCGAGCAAGUUCAGAUUAAAAUUUUCCUUGACCUGAUCGGACCCAUACGUAUUCAGCGCAAAAUUAAGCCACUCGAAAGAUGCGAAAGAUGCUUGUCCACGUGGUGACCCGCGACGGAGGAAAGACCCUGUACGAGCUGGACCACUUUGGGACGGUGGCCCAGCUGAAGGCCCGCAUCGGGAUGCACAUGGCCGUGCCCAUGGGGUUCAGCCGGCUGACCUACAAGGGUAGCCUGCUGGAGAACCACAGUGUGCUCGAGGAGGUGGGCGUGAAGCGGAUGUCCACGCUGCUCCUCUACUGGCAGCCGCUGGUUUUCACGCCCAAGCAGUUGCGCGAGCGGGAGGAUGAGCUGGACAAGCUGGAGGAACUGCAGCGGGCUGGCGAGCUCCUGAUGCAGGAGGCCGAUCAAGAGCAUGAGGGCGGUGCCCUUGAUCCGGGCUCCGGGAGGAGCCACAAGCUCCAUCUGUCGCUCGCCAGUCUGACGUGCAGCAAACUGCCGGACAUCGAGGUGGAGGACGUGGAGGAUGUCACAUCGAUCUCCUCUAGUGAAUUGGACUUUCUAGCUGUCUAUAGGCGUCCAAAGAACGGAAAUAAAUCCGAAGAUCUGAUUGAGACUGAGGAGGAACCCCUAGAACCCCAAGAACCCCUAAACCCCCAGGAACCCCAAGGACCCCAAGAACCGGUUUUUGUUCCACCAAAUGAUGAUCUCUUCAGACUCGCCAAGGACAUCCAGAUGUCCGAAGAGAUCAUCGCGCCUGAGACGAAAACGGUUGUCCUGGACAACGAACCGAUUGCUUCGCCAUCAAAGGGUUCGUCGGGGUUGGAACAGGAUUCAGUUCAAGAGUCCAGCGAUACGCAGAACUCAAAGUCAAGCAGUCGCAAGAAGACUUCCAAGAAAUAUGUCAAGAAAAACCGGAAAAAUAAGUAGAAGAAUUGUUUCCAUUGUGGGUUGUCUUUAUUACUGCGUUUCAAUUUCAAAUUUUGGCCAACUCCACACGAACCAUUUUACCGAAUUGAAAUCUAAAUUUGCCAUAUUAUCAUAGUGAAAAUAUACCUGCGAUUCAUCGAU